UCCCACGCAUAUCAACGGAGAUUACUCGACAGGGCAAGGUGUUUCGACUGCUUCCCGUUAGAAGAGUGGCGGAGGUCUGAGCAUCAGACCACCAGUGCGUGGGAGCCGAGCCACCGCCGCCUGGGAACGGAGCUGAGCAAGCGAGCUUUGCUGCGGAGGCGCUCCACCAAGUCGCCGUGAGAUGCUCAGACUGUCCACGCAAGCGCGGAUCCGCACGGGAGAGCGUUUGGGGACCGUCCCCACCUAAUUUUUUUUCCUGCCGACGGCCAUGGCGGCGCGGCUGCUACGGAGAACGCUGCGAGCAACCGAGGUAGCACCUCGAUUUCUAUUUGCUUCUCAUGGUUUGAUACAGCGAGCUGCAUAUACCUCUGGAGGAAUAGUCGAUAUUGGCCAACCGACACCCCAGUCACACCCUGAGUUAUUAGCUGAUGGAGAAAUCACACCAGGCAUCACAAAUGAGGAGUAUAUCUCUAGAAGAAAAAAGCUUUUGGAGGUGCUGCCAGAAAAGAGCUUGGCCAUUAUUGCCUCUGCUGAUCAGCAGAUGAUGACUGAUGUAGUGCCAUAUCCAUUCAGACAGAAUGGUGACUACCUGUACAUUACUGGUUGUACGCAACCUGGUGGCAUAGCAGUUUUGAGUGAAGAAACCGGACUAUGCAUGUUCAUGCCUGAUAAAAAUAAGGAGGAUGUAGUUUGGCAAGGUCAAACUGCUGGAGUUGAGGCAGCUGUGGAAUUCUUUAAAGCAGAUAAAGCAUUUCCACUUAGUCAGAUGCAAAAGAUCCUUCCUGAAAUGAUCGAGCGGUCAAAGGGGAUAUAUCACAAUGUAAAGACAUCAUCAUCUUCUUACAAGAACUUGGAUGCCUUCCGUCGGGCAUCACUCAACAAUAAAGUAAAAGAUCUUACAUGUUACACCGAUGAAUUACGGUGGAUCAAGUCAAAAUCUGAAAUUAAGUUAAUGAGGGAAUCAGCAUCUAUUGUUUCUCAGUCUCUUUUACAAACAAUGUUGCUUUCAAGGACCCACAGGGAGGAAAGCCAGCUGGCAGCUAAGAUUGAAUAUGAGUGCAAAAUGAGAGGUGCCCAAAGAAUGGCGUUCCAUCCUGUAGUUGGUGGAGGUGCAAAUGGCAGCGUCAUACACUACUCAAGAAACGAUAGCAAAAUCAAAACAGGUGAUCUUCUGCUCAUGGAUGUUGGCUGCGAGUAUCAUGGCUACCUUAGCGACCUGACUCGAACAUGGCCACCCUGUGGCAGAUUUUCACCUGCUCAGGAAGAGCUGUACAGCCUAAUACUGGAGACGAAUAAGGAGUGCAUAAAGCUCUGUAAACCAGGCACGAGCAUAAAUGAGAUACACAAUCAUUCGGUAAAGAUGCUGAUAAAGGGAUUCCAAGAGCUGGGCAUCCUGGAGAAGGGGAAAUCCAUCCAAUACAACUACCUGAACCCGACCGCGAUAGGUCACUCGUUAGGCAUGGACAUUCAUGACUCGGUGACACUCCCCAAGGACAAGCCCUUGGAGCCAGGCGUCGUGAUCACGAUCGAGCCCGGAGUGUACAUCCCGCCGUCGCCGGUCCUGAACGAGCGUGCGCCGGGGAGGUUCCGCGGCAUCGGGAUCCGCAUCGAGGAUGAGGUCCUCGUCACCGAGGACGGCCACGAGGUGCUGACGGCGUCGGUGCCCAAGGAGAUCCCGCACCUGACCACUCUGAUGAGCAUGGGCGGGGAGUCAGCGGCGGCGGACGGCCAUGAACUGCGAGCUGCCUGGAGCUGAUCGAGGGGCGCGUCGACGGCGGACGUGCCCAUACUGCCAGCAUCGUCGUCGCAGCCGCGGCACGUUGGCAUUCAUUGGUGCCGAAGCUCGGCCAUGCUCCGGAGCGGGCGGGUGUAUGCUGCGUCUGCGUCCAUUGAUACUCUGUAUGGUCGCGGGGGCAAGGGUGGAACAACAAGUGUUAGCAACCUGCUCGUCGUGCCGGGAAAUCACAAGAUGGUUUUCGUACAUCCGUUCAUUUUUAUUUAUUUUUUUCGAAACAUUGUACUGCAUCCAUUCAUGGCGGCAGGCAGGGGAGCUGCGCGUGUGCCUCAUCACA